AAUUGCAGCAGAUGCAGCAGUCACAGCAGAUGCAGCAGUCACAGCAAAUGCAGCAGGGAAGGAUAGACGAAGAAAGCAGCAGUCUCCUCGGACAUGGCCUCAUGCACACGCCGUUUGGAACCCAAAACCCUUCUGGGCAUGCACCACAACACGCCCACUUGCACACUUUGUCUGGAAAUCAGAACCCUUCUGCGCAUGAACCUCAACACGUCCACGUGCACACUCCUGAGCUCCAGCAGACGUUGGCUGCUCUGGGCGUGCAGCCAGGCAGGCUCACGGCUGCUGGUGCUGCUGGUGAUUCUGGUAGCAUGGCUCAGAGGCAGCAGUGGGAGCGUGAGCAGCAGCAGCAGCAGGUGUGGGAACAGGAGCAGGCUGGGAAACAGGACUAGGCAACAGCAGCAUAGACAGCAAGAACAGCAUAGACAGCAAGAUCAGCAUAGAUUCCAGGAGCAGCAUUCUAUUAGAGUAGCAGCCACAGCGUUGGUUUGUGUUAGGAGUCAGAAUUGGUA